AUGGCGAAGAAGAACCUCAACCCAGCGGAUGCAUAUCGCAAAGCUCAACGCAAGAAAGAGCUCAAAAAGAACAAAGCUGAGCGGGCAAAAACACGCGAUUUGGCUAUCGUGAAAAAGGAUACGUCAGACCUCGAGAGCGCGAUAAAGGAACUCGAAGAGAGUCGCUCUGAUGCAGGAAAGCUCGCAGAACUCAAGGCCGAGUUGGAGAACAUCAAUAGGAAGAAGGCAGAAUUUGUCGCCGAACAUCCGGAGGCCAGGCGUCUUGUAUAUCGGCGCAGGAAGGAAGGAGAACCUGAACCUGAAUUGCCACUUAGAAAACGGAACCUCUUCAAGAAGAAUGGUCUUCCUCGACAUCCAGAGCGCAGCAUCUACUAUGACUCCGUGAUGAACCCGUUCGGCGUAGCACCGCCUGGUAUGCCAUACGUUGAGCGACCCUUGAGACCGGACGAGAUCGACAGUGAUGUAGAAAUGGAAGACGUAAACGAAGGAGAUGAAGACGAUAUUCCACUGCCGUUCGGACUUCCGCCAGGCACUGAAGAAGUCACUAGUGACGAUGACAUUCCUAUGCCAGAAGGACCACCAUCAGGACGGGAAAAGGAAUAUGAAAAUGCACCCAUGCCGCCUAUGCCAGCUCACGUUCCAAUGCCACCUCCCAUGUUUUCCGGCAUGCCCCCGCUUCCGCCUGGUUUUCCUCCACAAAUGGCGGCAAAUAUGCCAAUUCCACCCCUUCCACCCCUUCCACCUGCCGGUUUUCCAGUUACCAACGAAUCAUUCCUCCCACCUCCGCCACCUCCCGCUGGUCUCCCUAUUGGUGCCCCGGCCGUACCGCCACCUCCACCGCCACCUUUUCCGUACGUGACAAUGGGUGGAUGGAAUGGACCUCCACCUCCGCCGCCACCACGACUUCCGCCAUUUCCGAACGCCACUUUACCGCCGUUUCCUCCUAGCAUAUUCCCACCUCCUCCACCUAAAUUCUUGCCUCGACAGCAAAGUGCAUCGGCCCUGCAAGAUCCUCUCUCCUCCGUCCCUCAUCAAACCUUCCAAGCACACCGUGCUAGUCAAUUCACUCCUCAUCCGUCACUGCCCGCCAACCCUGGAAAAAGCACGCUGGUUGCGAAUCCAUCUUUACCUGCGAAGCCUAUUGCAGCAGCCGAAUGGCAGCAGCUACAGUGUUUGCAGAACCUCAGCUGCGCGAUUUGA